AUGAAGGGACUUACUAUCUUCUUCUUGCUUGCCAUAGUAGCUCUUAGCUUGGCUGAAAACCCAGCCUUGGUAGCUGUAAUUGAGAAGCCAAUCAUUGACAAAGCUAGGGACAAAUACUUUACUAGUGUUGUGAAUGCUCUUGGUACCCUAACUUUGGAAGAUUUCAAAGAAGGUGCUAUUACGGCAACUGACAUCAGAGUUGAGAUCUCCAAUGAUGCUUCUGAAAACCUUAAUGUUGCAUUUGAUAAUGAAUCAAAUUUCAUUCGUACUGAGAUUAAGAACACAAAUAUUAGAGUUAAAGUGAACUAUAAGUAUAAGGCGGUCGGAGUUUUACCUAUAAAGGGAACUGCUGAUAUCUCAGGUCCAUUAGAUAGCCUUGCUUUAGCCAUCUUAAUGGGCAAAGCUGAAGAUGGAGAUUUCAUCAUACCACAAAUUGCUGUUCCUGAAGUUAGCCUAUCCAUGACAAAUUCUAAAUUUAAGGUUAAGCUUACAUGCAAGGGAUGUCUCAAACCUGUUGAGAGCCUUAUUACUACCUUUAUGAAAGGAACACUACUAAACAAGGUAAAAGGACAAGUAAAAGAUCAAGUUCCCACUAUGGCAGAAGAGAUUGGUAAUGGAAUUUUGACAUCCUCAUAUCCAAGGACCUUCCCCCUCCUCCAAGAUAUUAGAAUCGUGACUGCCCUCACAGAUGCUAUCAACGUCGCUGAGGACCACUUGGAGAUCCCAUUCGAUGGAACUAUCUAUACUGCUGAUAAAGGUAUUAUCAGACCAGGUCCUACUCCAGAUAUGCCAAGAUAUAAUCCAGAAAGUCCAGGAGAAGCCCAGAUGUUCUUCAGCUCAUACUUGACUGAAACACUCUCAAAUACUUUGAACACCUUAGAUAAACUUGUACUAAAGACCAGAUUCCUCCUCCUGACCUUUGUGACAACUAUUGACCCAUCAAAGGGAAAGACCUCCGUUAGCUUCGAUGAUGGAGCUAUUGUUGCCAGACUUAACCCGAAGAUCGUCACAAAGAAUCUCAAACUUGGUUUUGAGCUCGGAACUUCAGUAAAAGUGAGCCUCAACAUCAAACCUGGAGAUAGUAAGAAUUUACUCUCUGUUGUACCAAAAAUUAAGAAGAUGAGUCUAAACUCCUUCAAGGUGAUUCUCUUCGGUCUGCCAAUCGACCUCAGCCUGUUUAAAUUCUUUAUCACUCCGAUCGUCAGGCUGGUCCUGAACUUCAUUGUGUUGCCAAAGAUUGAGAUCCCAAAAUCAGACUUGUUAUCUCUGACUGUGACAGACAGCUUGUUGGCCUUCCGUAAGGAGUAUGCUGAAUUCGGAAUCUCUUUCGACUUCACUCAAUAACGUGUAAAUAUGAUUGGCCGACUGGUGUUAAUUAUAUUAUUGAAAUAUUCA